CGAAACGCUCUGAAUUUACGAACAAACAAUCUGACAACGCUCUAAAUUUACGAAUCGCCCAGACCGCACUCCAGAGUGAAUUUAUUAACGCCAACCCUGGCCUAGUUCAAGAAGAUCGAUCUGAGCUAGGCGCUGCGUGGAUUCGAUUACAAACUACAAUGUGCAUGUGUUCACCACAUGUUGUUUGAUAGUUAAAGCGAUUUACAGAUUAAAUCGUCUAUUCUGUGAACAAAAAUAAAUAGCGGACUGUCUGAGACCUGGACUCAGAUGUUUUUGGCGCAGAUUAUCUCGCUACAUCGACCCUUGUGAACAGGCCAUAGGUUGACGUAGUCACAGAAUUGUCAAUGUCAUGCGCAUUAGGGUUGUUGUUGAGUUUGUUAUGACAGGUUGAGGCCUCGGACUAAAUUAGGAAAGGAACCCUGUCUCUGUCCAGGGAAAUCCGCGAUGGAGGGCAUGGAUUUGGACCUGGACCCGGAGUUAAUGCAGAAAUUUAGCUGCAUGGGCACUACAGAUAAAGACAUCCUCAUAGCCGAGUUUCAGAGAAUGCUUGGGUUUCAACUGAACCCCGCUGGAUGCGCCUUCUUCUUGGACAUGACCAAUUGGUGAGUUCGGGGAAUUGUGGCCUCUCUGUGAUUGCUAAUCCUAGGAUUUUGGUAGUUGCAUGACGGAUAGUCAGCCAACACAGUUUAUUUGUGACUUUCUUUUUAUUUACAAUUCAACGAGCCAAAACUAUAUUGUCUUGUGUAUAUUCUUAGAUGGAAAAUGUAAUGUAAUUAAAUUGGAUUGUAAUUUGGAUUGCAUGCUAGCUAAUUGGCUACAGCUAGGAUAGUCCUUCCUUGGUUGAAAAAUCAUUGACAGAGCUGGGUCUAUUUGCUAUUAUUCUAUACAGGGGGACGUGUAAAUUACAUAUCUUUAUUUUCCAGUGUUCAGUUGUGUUAUGGUAAGACUAAUUAUAAUGUCUGGAGAGGGUCUUCUUGAAUUAACUUAGCCUAGUAUAAUUAGCAAGAGUAGUCAUCGCUAACAAACUACAACAGAAGGCUUCAACCAAAGAGGUUCGUUUGUCAAUUCUGAUUUUCUUUUUCAACUAUGAAUUUAUUUCCACAUGAAAGUGCCCAGUCGUUACAGAACUGUUAGUGCUAUCCGGUAUCCUUGGGACGUCCCUAUCCUAAACACUAUCCUUACCUUAUCAAUUGUAAAUGUGACUUCAAUUAGAGUAGGGACAUUCCAAGGAUCUCUGAUAGCAAGGGCCUUUACAAGAACUCGGCCUGCCUCAUGACAAGGUUCCAAGACCCUCCUUUAGCUCAGGGAACGCGCUGCAGCCUGUGUUAUGUAACAAUUUGGUGCAAUUCAAGUUUCACGGGCAACAAUGUUGCAGGUGGAAGCUUUGCCCCCACACAACUGUGUUCUGCAGUGGAAACGUGUCACAAUUAGUUUUUUAAAAUGUUUACUAGUUAGUAGUUACACAUCAUCAUGUCUCGCUGUCGUUCAUCCUUGGUACAGUGCAGUUUAUCUUCCAAGGUUGUCAAUGUUAUAACACCAUUCAUUGACUUACGUUUUUACAGUUUCCCUUCGUCAUUGCCUAGGGCUAGUUAACUAGCAACAUACCACUGCAUCAUGGCAAAUGGGCGUUUGAAGGCCUUUAUUUGUAAUUGCGCUUCCAGAAUUCGUUGUCUAAAAUUAGAACAGCUGCACUCACAGCUACAGUAUGACAGUAGGUAUGUUGCUGUACAUUCAGAUUUCUGUAGUGUUGCUCUGAAGAACAUGCAUAAUUCAAAAGGUCAAUGUCCACUCAGCCAUCUGGCCAAAUUGUAUGAGGAAGGAAUGUUUGAAAGUGACUCAAAACCCUCUUAUGUCAGAGAAUUUCAGAAAUAUUUGGAAUAGUUGGUCUUUAAUUCCUGUUUACUAACUAACAAUCUGGUCAAGGCCUUUAGGGCUGGUGGCUUCAGCGGGCUUGGCUCCCUGUCAUUAUAUCCGUGUGUCGGGAGGGAUCCAAGAGGCAAUACAAAUUUUACUGCUGAGAUUCAUAUUUGACUUAUUGACUUGACUUAAACCAUUUUAUUCCAUAAGGAGCAUAGGUCAUCCAUAAAUAGUUUCCACACUCUGUUUUUGGCCAGUUCAAUAAACAGGCCUUCUUUUGGUAUAAAUAUGAUAUUGAUUUUUGCUGCUGAUUUCCUUGCUUAGUUUCCCCCUCUUUUUAACCUCCGGGGAUUGUUGUGUUCGACUAACUGAUAUCCAUUCCUUUCCCUAAUUUGUUACAUCUCUUAUAGGAACUUACAAGCAGCCAUCGGAGCCUACUAUGACUUUGAAAGCCCCAACGUCAACGCACCAUGCAUGUCUUUUGUUGGGGAUGUGACGAUCGGGGAGGGGGAGUCUGUGCCCCCUGACACGCCAUUCACUAAGACGUGGAGAAUACAGAACACAGGUUGGUUGAAGUGAAAAAACCCUUUUAGGAGCUGUUCACAGUCACAGACAGUGUUGACAAUAGUGUUGACAAGGCCUUACUGUUAGCUCUCAGGCUUUGAAGUUCCAUCCUAGUAGUAAACAGCAUCCCAAACAAGCUACUGAUCGUUAGUGCAGCUGGCAAUUGAGGUUAUGGUUUAUUCAUUUCAUCAUGCAUGUUUUGUUUGUUUGUCUCUUGCAGGAGCAGAGUCUUGGCCCCCUGGGGUAUGUCUGAAGUAUGUUGGUGGGGACCAGUUUGGUCAUGUGAACAUGGUGAUGGUGCGUUCAUUAAACCCCCAGGAGAUGGCUGAUGUCAGCGUGCAGAUGCGCAGCCCCCUGGCCCCUGGCAUGUACCAGGGCCAGUGGAGGAUGUGCACAGCCACCGGACUCUUCUAUGGGGGUGAGAAACUUUAUUUGGCAACCAACCUUAAUGACAAGCACACAACUGUUGUUAACUAUUAUAAUUGUUUAAAUGAUCUGUAAACUCAUUUAUUGUUGAAACCUUUUAUACAUCAUUUAUAAAGUAUACUUUAAUGUAAAGUGUUACCGCAGUCUAAUGUUGAAUCCACCAAAGUUAGCGUUUACAUCACUUGAAUAUAUUGAAGGUCUAAUCAGGGCUCUGAAGUGCGACCAAUUUGGUCACAUAUGCGACAAAAUAUUUUGCUGUGCGACCAGGAUUACAAUUUUGAUAAUUGUUGUAAUGAUAAGGAUUCGCUCUACUGUUGUUUCUGAGUGCCCUAGAGAAAAAAGUGAGUGCAGAUUCGAUAGCGUCCUGGUUGCACCAUUACUACAGAGAAAAUGGCUUGCUUCUAGAUCAACCAGGGGUGCGUGCGUAAAUUGCCUCCAGUGUGUCAGUGCAAUCUGGGCCGUUCGUAAAUUGAGCGUUGUCAGAUUGUUUGUUUGUAAAUUCAGAGCGUUUCGCUCUCAGCGCAUUCAGAGCGCACACUGGACACUCUGGCCGACGAGUAGGGUUGAUCCGAGCGUUCUGACCUCACAACGGCAGUCAAGGGCCAAAGCUAACUGGAUAAAGUUGGCUAGCUUGCUAGCUACUUCCAGACACAAAUGAGAGAACACCUCACUCUGACCAUUUUACUCGCCCUAGCAGAGCUGGUUAGACUGUUUUCAUGUUAUCUAAAGCUUUAGUGACUGUAACUGUGCUGCUGGCAGCAAUUUAAUAAAUACAACAUUUGCAGACGUUUACUGACACCUGUCAUAUUCAACGGGUGUUGCGCUUUCGUAAAUUCAUCAGUUAUUCUGUACUCAGGAACACUUAAACGAGAGUGCUCUGUAAUCAGAGUAGAUAGCCAAAGUGAUUUAACGAACGCUCCCCAGGUCAAAAACAUCUGACCCAUAUUACCGGCGCAACAUUUAUCUUCCUAUAGCCGGGACCGCAUUUUACAUUCAUAAACCGUGUCGUGGGCUGUUGUAAAACUACUCGCGCGUCGUUAACCAUUUGUUUACACUUUGUUCAGUCAUGUUACCUCAUUGGCUAGCUAGCUAACAUUACCAGUAUAUCCAAACAUUUGAGGGCACAGAAAGAAAGGAAAAGGGAUAGCUUCUUCAGGAGAUCAAAGAUCACAGCAUGAUCACAGACCUGACGUUUUUAAAGAGACAGUAUACCAUUUUCAAUGUAAUGCAUCUCAAUAGGAAAAUAGUGCUUUUACACAAUGUAGAAACCUAAUAUUCCAUAAAUGACUUUGUAAUUUCAAUGACAGGUAUUCGUAUCAACAUUUUAGCUUUUAUAAUAAACUAAUGUCUUUACAGUGUUACAUAUUAGUUUCUAGGGCAUAACAUAAAUUCAUAUAGGCCCAAUAUAGGCUGUAUCUCAAUCUUAUUUUCUGGUGCUUUAAAGUUCAGAGCACCAGUUCUACCAAGAAAAAUGUGGAGUGUUAAUGUCUCUCCCACUGUAGAUGUGAUCUGGGUAAUUGUUAGCGUGGAGGUGGGAGGCCUCCUGGGCGUGACGCAGCAGAUGUCCUCCUUCCAGGCCGAGUUCAACACCCAGCCUGCCCGCAACGUAGAGGGAGACUACAACCCCUUCGCCUCACCACAGAAACACGCUGGCAGCCACAACAACAGUCACCGUGACGACAGCGGCCUCAAGGACCCCGCGGACGCCUGGGAGGGUGGCCCGGACCAAAUGCAGCAAGAGCAAAAUGGACUGUCGCACAACUCUGUGAAUAUAGCAACAAACGGGCUCCAAAGCAACCUAGUAACUUACAGCCAGGUAAGGCCUAUGUGAAGCAACAGCAAACUUCUUAGGGAUACCCUUAAAUGUUUAAUAUACCAUAGCUCAUCAAUACAAUCACAACUUUGUAUUUAUAUAAUUUUUUAUAUAUCCACUAAAUAUUUAUUUAUCUUUUACUCACAGGGUAUUCACGGACCCUAUCCUUUUGGGCAGUCUUAACAUGGGAAACAUCGUCACAGCCAGGCAGCACUGUGUUCCUGGAUUCACACCAACUAUUGAGGGAGGAGGCUUUACUUGUGGCUGGUGGAGUAUCCUGAGAUUCAUACAAACACUUAUGCAAAGUCCCCCCUCCACUUUACUUUACCGCAACACAAACCAGAAGACAAAGCUGCUCUGUUCUCUCCCAGCAUACGACUCAACCAACAAGAUCCGACAUCCAGUGUAUGCAUGUGUGAAUGAUAAGUUAAAAAUGAGAGUGCUACAAAUCUUUUUAAAAGAGAUGAGAUACAAGUUUUUUUUCUGGUCUUUAUUUUUAGUUUUCGUGUCCGAAUGCAGUUGAGACUACAGUGAUGAAAGGAGGAAUGUGUGUUUGCGUUGGAGUGUGCUUGUGCGUGGCUAUGUGAGUGUUUGCGUGUGUUGUGCAAUCUGAAAGAGACAGACUAGGGAGGAAAAGCCAUUUAUUUUGCGUACUGAUCCUCUAGUUCCUAAGCUGACUCUUUUCAUACUUUUUAAAAUCCUAAUUUCACAGUGUAUACUUUUUUAGGGACAAGAGAAUAAUUCAGCAAGUUCAGCAGCCUGAUAAGCAUGUAUUGUUUUUGAUGUUUUUCUGGUAACAACAAAGGAAGAACAGCUUAUUCACAUGCAAAUCCUAUUUGCUGUAGCUUCACUUUUGAUUGUUGGUUGGUUCUGUUACUCUGAAGAUGAGCUACAGUAUAUCCAUCCACUAGAGGGCGGCCUUUAUCAAAAUUGCAGUUGCCCAAUUACCAAUUUGGUUAAAAAAAGAAACAUUUACUCAAAGAACCCUCCAUAUCAGGGUCAAUACUUGGAAAGUAGAUUAUAUCACCACCCUGUAGGUUCAAUUUGUUUUAAUAGGGCUUCAUAAUUUGUUCUGUGAGAUUGCAAAAGUCCACAUGUUGCAAAGCAGUGAUGUUUUUUGCUUUUGUCAUCUUGAGUUGAAUGUAUUUGCAGAAUGUAGAGCUAUGUUGUUUUGAAGCAUUUUUGUUUUAUCUGCCCAAAGAUCUUAUACAUUUGCCUUGAAGACACAGCUUGAUUUAAAGUUUUCAGAUUUUCUAGCCAUUUUUGUUAAUUAUUGUUUAUUCCAAAGCCCAGGAAAAUGAAUCUGUUCUUGAAAUCACAAUUAGUGUCCUCUUGCUCAGACAAUGUUAGACCAAAUCAUUCAUUCAAAUAUAUAGGCCGUCAAUUUAUUAGUCCCUCAAAAGUCUGUUUUAUAGAAUGUUUUAAGUUACUUGCACUAACUGGC